AUGUUGGGAGGAAACCCGCCCUCCAGCCAACUCCACGAUUAUUGUUUUGUAUAUGAUGUGGACCUGAGCCCCAAAUAUGAUCAAACAAUCAGAAACAGGCGUGUACCUAUAUCAGUGCGUCAGGACUCGAAACUCUUUUGUAAAGUAAUCGAGGCCAAAGGCGUUUCAAGCGUCGAUCAGAUAUUCUGCACCAUUCAUCUUGACAAUGAUAAAUACUCGCAGACACGCGUCAUACACGGCAAGCGACAGGAGCGACGGAUGCUGCGCAAGAGUGUGUGGACUGACCCCUGCAAUCCAUUCUGGGCGGAGGAGUUUGAGUACAACACUCUACCACAACACUUCCAGGAGCUCAAGAUCAUUAUGUGGGCCUUCCCCCACGGGGCAAAGGCGGCCGUGCCUGUGGGCAGAGUACGCAUACCUCGACAGGUGCUGCUCAACCAGACCAACAACACUGAGUCGUGGCACCCAAUGAGAUCAGCCGCCAAGGAACACCCGGUGCCUGGGAGACUCAGGGUUCAGAUCGACACGAAGAAUAGUCCAGCGGGUCCGUGUGUGUCUAUCACACUGGUGGAAGGCCGCGAUAUGAUCUAUAGUGGCUCGCCCAAGACAUGCGCAUGUAUCAUCGAGCUCAUAAACUCCGUCUCGGGCGAAAUCAUAGAACACAUCGGCGAAAUCACGGGUCAAGUAGUAGACGAUACAGUCAAGUUCAAAGACGCCGCAUCAACGCAUUUCACACUCAAAGCUAAACACGAGCACCUGACUAUACGAUUCCGCCUGCGUAUGGACCAGAAAGACGCGUUGGGUCAGAAGACGUUAGAAGUGGCGCUGCUAAGCACUGUGGCGACCGACGUUUGGUACAAUCUGACCUCGGCGGACGAUGGUGACACCAACCCAACCCUGGACAGAGAAACGACCGUGCAGCUGAGGCUGAAAGUUCUGUACCAGGAGAACUCUAUCUUACCUCUAUCGGAUUACCAGGAGCUGUGGUCACAGUUUUCGGACUUCCCCGUCCCGGUCUUCCAAGUCCUGGACAAAGUGUGCUAUAGUAAGGAGGAUAUGGCUAUUUCACUACUACGACUGUAUGCAUCGCGGGGCGAGGCUCUGAUGUUUCUGAAGAAUGUCAUUGAGCUGGAAACCACCAAUACGAAAACCUUUGGCACGCUGUUCCGAGCACAGUCCAUUACCACUAAGGCCAUUGAAUAUUACUUUAAGACCGUUGGUGCAGAGUAUCUAGCCAAGACACUCAAGCCGCAUAUCGACGCUGUGAUCGCCGCCAAAAAGUGCACUGAGGUCAAUCCGUCGUUCAUUCAGAAGGGCGACGGCAAUGUAAAGAAGAACCUCAAAGCACUGGAGAACAAUAUCAAGCGCUUCACAGACGCCAUCUUAGACUCGGUGGUGUGGCUGGAAUGCUGUGGCUGCGAUCAACUGCCGUACCAACAAGGGAAAGAUUUGGGGCCGAUAAAAAAUUAA